AUGCGGCGAGAUGAGCACAAGCAAAAUAUGAGCCUCGGAGAAACGUCGCAGAGAUAUAAGGUGAUUGACUGCUGGCGGUUUGGUGGUCUUGUCCCGUCGGGUGUUGGUUGGAUCAGAGAGAGAUGCAAGAGUCAAGAGUCAUACUUCGUACAGAGAGGCUCUGAAGCAAGUGGAGGGAUCCGCAUCCCCGUACGAAAUACACCGACCUAUGGUGCCUAUAUGUGGUACAGUGUAGUGCAGUUUGCUUGCCCACCCAUCUGCGCAUCAUCGCCCCUAAGAGGAUCCAUAUACGGGGAGUGGCAGCUGGUCGUUGCAGAGGAUCUCCAGCUAAGAGGGGGAAAAAUCCCAACCCAGACCAGAGGCAGGAAAGGCCCCAAGGGAAAGUUCCCCCCUCCACUCCACUCCCUCUUUCCCUUCCAUUUCAUUCGUUACCCACACCCUACCCCCUCUCAUUGUGAAGAGACUCUCGGUCAGGCCCAAUCACGAUGUGUCUGGAUCCCAUUCGGUACUUGCCUAACCUUACCGGUGACUGAUACUUGGCGUCCCGUUGCUUCUGAAUGGAUGCUGAGAGAGGAAUGCUGCGAUAUGUGGGCAGUAAACGGGCGACGCGAGCAACGGCGACAAGUCAUGGUUACGCAGAGCACGCUUCCCCCCUCUGUCUCGCGCGACCAACGGCUAAGGUUGUCUCUCUUUUAUGUGUUUGAGGGUCGCGAUACCAGACUCGGGCAGAUAUCCUCAACCUUUGGCUUUUCUUGCCCCCAUCAGACCAACAUGAUCACGAGAACAAACCAAGCAGUCUCUCUACUUAACCAUGCUACCUCGUUUCUCGGCCGUUUUUGCCGCAGAGAAAGGAAGAGAAAAAAUUCCCAUCCUUCUCUACAUUCGAGCCUCCGGUUCCGCGUCAAGUUGCACAUACUUAUGGCUUUAGACGGGAGCUCAGUCCUCGACUCAACCACCACCACUAUUGCAAUCAUCUUUCUUUCUUCCGGAUCCGAUUCUGGCCUAUGGCCUCCCAAGGCUCCCCUCCUCACCAAUGCACAGUAUCAAAAGACUCUAUCUCAUCAAGUGUCGGCCACAAAGCUCAUCUCCUCCACCGUCGCAGCGGGCGAGUUGUCAGUAUCACAGCUGCGGGGCGGGAAGGUGAAGGACAGUCAACGGACCAGCUCCCGGAAGUGGGGCUCUUCUUCUGCCAAACAAUCGUCUGGCCAUGUCAGAAAAGCAAAGCGUCUUCCGCUGCGCUUGGCUCCUUUUGCGGCCCCUCGACUCCAGACCAUCCCCGUCCCUCUCACCUGGACCAUGCCACACUGCUUCUUUUCCAAUAUCUCUGCAGCAGCACCCGGCCUAGACGUGUCGCAGACGUGCCGCACCUUGUACCAGCUGGCGGCGCUGCACGCCCAAAACGCACUGCACCGAUUGACAGAUGCUGCAAGAACCGAGAAGGAUAGACAGACGGAGACACAGACAGACAGCCUUCAGGCACCGCGUAGCAGAUGCAGACACAGACACAGACAAAUCCAGAGAAGGCUUCAUCAGAUUAUGCCAGGUGCCCCACUGCCCGCCGCGUACCUUGGCCGCCAAAAUAGCACAUCCGUUUCAAAAACCCCCGGCAGCUCUGAAAGACCACCGCUCUGUCAUCAUAUAAUCAUGAGCCAUCGCCACCACGCAUGCCAUUCAAUAUAUGUAUGGCCAAGAGUCGUGGCAGAAGGGCAGAUUGUCCUCCUGGCUCCCCAUGUCGCCAGCCGGUCAACGCCUUCACCAAGUGGCCACUCGCACUACUAUCUGAUGGCGUGGGUGCUCGAACUACACAUCACCCGUUCAUUGGCGCUGCAUCUUCGGGGUCUUCUCAGCCCAGCAGGGGUUGGCAACACCAUCAGCCAGAUCCUUGAUCCGGUAAACAGCUCCAAUGGUUCGAGGCAGCUGGUCUGGUCCAGUCUGGAGAAGAUACGAGAGCUAUAUUUCUCGCCCGGUCCAGCUCGGAGGAUUGACCGUUGUUCUGAACUUUUCCUGUCGACGUUCGUGCAGACGUUGAAUCGUUGCUUCCUAUUAUUGGCCCGUGUCUGCAACGAUCACCGCCAGGGUUCCGAGUGGCAAACUUGGGCGGAAGAUACAUUCCUCACAGGUAAAGAAUUCUUUCAGAUUCAUAAGGAACAAGAAUCAAGUCGGCAAGGGAACUUGGUCAUGAAUAUGCAGAAACGAGGCAGCACUGCUGUGAGAGCUGCCAAAGAACACGAAGUAAUACACACAUACCGCGCAGCGAAAGCAGCGAGGCUAGCAGCCGACUGUACGACGCCGCAUCAGCUCGAAAAAACCCUGGCACGCCUGAUUCUCAAGAGCAAGAGAGAAGGGCGCACAGUCGAGUGUUCUUUUCAGGACGCUGCGCAGGGAUCGCCGCCCGGCUUGAUGUUGCCAAUCACUCCAGGGCAGGAAGAUAUCUCUCCCUCCAUCGACGGAAGGUCAUCUAGAAAAAAGCAGACGAAACGAGUGCGAAUAAUGUCAAGCAACCCACCUACGUGCCUACCAACCUUCUGCUCGCUGUUGUGCUUCCACGCGGGAAUCCCUGUCGUAGAGCGACUCACUCAAUCACCUCCGCUCUCCAUCCCAGAAUACCUUGUUUCUCCCUCUGGUCUUGGUGAUCUAGAUGGCACCGUUGCUUUUAUGCGCUCGGGGUCAUGGGAUUGCCACCGUGCUCUCCUCUACCUUUGCAUGUGUAUUCCGGCUAGCGGCAGGGCCAUUGACAUGAGAUACACGUUGAAAAGGACGAAAGCAGAGACUUGCCGACAGAUUCGAGCACAAUCUGUUGCCUCUGUCGCCGCUACCGACCUUUCUCUCUUCAAGGUGAAAAUGAUGCUCUAA